AUGGACGCACCGACGGCGCUGUUCGACAGCUACGAGGCCGACUUCCGGCAGAUUCUGGAUGGCGUGCGGGAGAAGCUCGACGGCGCGCAGGACCAGGGCGCCGAAGGCAAGAAAGCCGCGCUGCGCCGCGUCGAAAUGGAACUGGACGAAGCCGACGAGAUGCUCUCGCAGAUGGAGAUCGAGAUCCAGGGCAUCCCGACCUCCCUGCGCCCGUCGUACGCCACGCGCGCGCGCACGGCCAAAGCGGACCUCGCGCGGGCGAAGAAGAGUGCGAAGGACGCGCAUGCUGCUGGUGCGCGGGGCGAGCUUUUGGGCGGCAAGGGAGGGGGGCAGUAUGCGACGACGGAUGAGCCGUAUGGGAGUUCUGAGCGUGGAAGGUUGUUGGCGGGGACGGCGCUGUUGGAGGACGGGAGCAGUCGGUUGCGGGAGAGCGAGCGGAUCGCGCUGGAGACGGAAGCCCAAGGCGCGGACAUCCUGCGCACGCUCGGGCUGCAGCGCUCGCAGAUCGAGAACGCGCGGGACACGCUGCAUACGGCGGACUCGAGCAUCGAUCGGGCGAGCGGGACGCUGAAGAAGAUGAUCAGGCAGGCGUACAAGCAGAAACUGGUGACGGGCGCGAUCGUGCUGGUGCUUAUACUCGUCAUCGCUAUCAUCCUGUACGAGAAGCUCUCGUAG